GGUGGCCAAGGCAGCUGUAGAGGCCGAGAGGCAGGCCGCAGUGGAUGCCAUGAUGAAUCCCGAGUGCUCUGAGGAGGAGGAAUCCGAGGAGGAACCAGCGCCGAAGGCAAACGCCUCGGACUUCCGUCCGCCACCGCGCGCGGCGGCGCAGCGGGCGGAGGAGAAAGAAGCCGAACAGCGCAUGCGCGAGGAAGCCGCGCAGCGUCGACAAGAGAAGCUUGCCGAACGGGCGGCAGAGCGAGCAGAAAAGACUUCGGGGAAGAAGGACAUGGCUGCUCUCCUCGAGAAGGUGGCUCAGCAAGGUGAAGGGAAGCUGUCCAACAAGGAGCGCAGACUUUACGCCAAGCACCUUGAGAAGCAGAAGGAAGAGGCAGAGGAAGAGGAGGCCGCAGCGGCCAAGGCCACCAUGGGUGCCGAGGCAGCACGACUCGAAGAGGAGCUGAGAGCUUUUGCAGUGUCGUUGCCGAGUGGCUUGGAGCCCACCAAGGGUGCCGUCGACCUACACCUGGAAGGCUUUUCCAUCUCUGCAGGGGGCCAGCGACUCUUCGACGACGCGGCGCUGAAGCUGGCGAAGGGCCGCAGAUAUGGCCUCUUGGGCCCCAAUGGUGCCGGCAAGACGACUUUGCUGAAGCACUUGGCGACCCGGAAGCUCCCUUUACCGGAGCGCUGGACCGUGACCUUGGUGCAGCAGGAGGCUGAGGCCACAGAGCUGCACGUGGUGGACGAGGUGCUCUCGGCUGACACGACGCGUCGCAACUUGCUGGCUUCCGAGGCUCGCCUCUUAGAGAAGCUCGAGUCUUUCGGCGAAGGAGAGGAGGCAGAAGAAUUGCAGAAGCUCUGCGACGAGCUGAGCGCGGUUUGUGACGACCUGGAGGCCAUGGGCGCAGAUGCCGCCGAGGCUCGUGUGAGGAAGAUCCUCUGCGGCCUUGGGUUUACGAGCGAGAUGAUCGAUGGGCCGGUCAACAUCUUGUCCGGAGGGUGGCGGAUGCGUGUCUCCUUGGCCAAAGCGUUGUUCCUGGAGCCCGACCUCCUACUGCUAGACGAGCCUACAAACCAUCUCGACCUGGAUGCUGUGCUUUGGCUGGACGAGUAUCUCUGUGAAUACCCAAAGACACUUCUGGUGGUUUCCCAUGAUGCCGACUUCCUUGACUCUGUUUGUACAGACGUCCUCCACUUGGAGGAGCGCAAGCUCAUCCCUUACCGUGGCGGCUAUACGGAGUUUAAGAAGGGACAUGCAGCACGGGUGCGCGAUCGAGAGAAAGAGUUCAAAAAGCAGCAGGAGGACAAGAAAGCCGGAAAGAAGCAGCAUCCGGACGAGGCGCGCUUUGUAACGCACUGGAAGCGAGUCCCAUAA